AUGGAUUCGAUAGAAAAGAAUAUUGACAUAUUGUCUUUUGAUGGUGGAGGAAGUCGAGGUGUGAUGGAAGUGAAAAUUCUCGACGACGUUUUACGAUUAGCAACGAUUGUGUUAAGAAAUCCUCUAACAGUACACUAUCUCGUAAACGAAGAAUGUAAUGAACGGAAAAAGCAUUUUUUGGAAAAUCUGGUCGUUCGAGAACGUCUUAUUAAUGAUAUGAACGCAGUUAAGGAUCCCCUUCAUCCUGCCGAUGUGUACGAUAUGAUAGUUGGUACCAGUACAGGAGCUCUUGUUGCGUUUGGUUUAGUUGGUGGGAAAAGAGUUGGAAAAGAUCACCAUAUAAGAGAACGGAUGAGUGUUGAUGAAUGCAUUCAGAUGUAUCUUACAAAAACGAAGAUCAUUUUCAAGAAGACGUUAAUGCAAAAGUUUCUUUCUUGUAUCCCAAUGUUGUCCAGCAUUCCCCUUGGAACAUACUCACAAGCCAACGUAAAGAAAGUUGUAAAAAAGCAGUUUAGUGAUUGCAGCCUUGAAGAUUUUCGCAAACUCCACGAUUCAAAAUGCGUAGCCGGAGCUGUUGCCAGAAGACUCGGCAGAUACGAAGAUCUUGUGCUGUUUGAUACGACAAACGAAGACUAUAAGAAUUACAAGGCUUACAAAGUCUUACUCGCUUCCUCAAAUGCUCCAAUAUACUUUGACACUCCAGUUAAAAUUGGCAACGACGAAUUUGUCGACGGUGGUGUUGGUGCAAAUUGUCCUUAA